AUGGAAGAACACAACCUGUCCUUGUACGCUAUGAUCCUAUCGAGCUCCUCUGUUCUUCCAAUGGUUCUGAAGUUAGCCAUUGAUCUUGGCCUCUUCGACAUCUUAGCCGAAUCUGGUCCUUCUUCUUCCCUCUCCGCCUCUCAGAUCGUCUCUCUCUUGUCUACUCAAACACAACAACAACAUGAUUCAAGCUUGGUCAAUCGGAUUCUUCGAUGUCUUACGAGCUAUUCCAUAGUCACAUGCUCUGUUUCCUCUGAACAGGGUGUGGUAUAUGGCUUAGCUCCUGUUGCCAAGUACUUCACCAAGAACCAAGAUGGUGGUGGCUCGUUGGCUCCUUUGGUUAAUUUGUUUCAGGACAAGGUCGUGACUGAUAUCUGGUACAACCUUAAAGAUUGUGUUCUUGAAGUAGGAAUUCCAUUCAACAAGACUCAUGGUUUGAGUGCGGUCGAGUUGGUGGGAAGAGAUUCAAGAUUCGGAGAAGUGUUCCAGAGCGCCAUGAGAGGUUUCAAUGAAGUUUUCAUGGAAGAAGUUGUUAGUAAGUACAAGGGUUUUGAUGGUGUUAAGUCUUUAGUGGAUGUUGGUGGUGGAGAUGGUUCUAUUCUCAGUAAAAUCAUCUCCAAGCAUCCUCACAUCACCAAAGCUGUUAACUUUGAUUUGCCCUCUGUUAUCAUCAACGUUUCAUCAGCUUCUCCAGGCAUUGAGAAUGUUUCUGGAGACAUGUUUAUAAGCAUUCCUAAAGGAGACGCCAUUUUCAUGAAGUGGAUUCUCCAUGGCUGGGACGAUGAGCAUUGUGUGAAGAUACUCAGAAACUGUUAUCAGUCGAUACCGGAAAAUGGUAAGGUGAUUGUGAUCGAUAUGGUAAUACCAGAUUUACCGGAAGAUACUCUACUAGACAGAAGCUUGUUACAGUUUGAGUUGUUGAUGAUGAACAUGAACCCAUCAGGGAGAGAAAGAACGAAAAGAGAAUUCGAGAUCUUAGCUCGUCUCGCCGGAUUUUCUAGUGUCCAAGUUACGUUUACAUCUCUCUGUUUCUCAGUUGUAGAGUUCCACAAGAGCGUUUGA